AUGGAAAAAAUACUCAUCUUCACGACUUUCCUAUCGCUAGCUGUUGUAGUGAACAGCUUCAAAACAAAGUUUUUCUCACAAAGCUUGGAGUCGGAACCUCCGAUCUCGAUCCUGUACGCGCGUGACAAGAAAAGUGAUAAAGUAACAGAUGAUUGUUUAACAGAAAUGUACCCACGGAACUUGUAUAAGUAUCCUCUGCGUAUUGAUAGGAAUGAUAUACCUUGUAUAAUACAUUGUGUGCUCAAAAAAUUCGGUAUAAUGACGAAUGAUGGUUACAUAAACAUAAAGAACUACUACAGGAGAGUGCAGGCGAUACACAGGUACGAUCCGAGGAUAUUGAUCUCGGACGUCGGAGAGACCUGUGCUCAGAACAUCAAUGGAAUGAAUUUGGACCACGAUGUGUGUAAGAAAGCGAAGGUGUUUAACGAUUGCACACAACUAUACGCAGUGUCCUACAGAGAUCCCGAUGAAUGGAAAUAG